GAUAAUAUUGACAAGCCUUUGUUUUAAAUACAUCGUUUUGCUUGCUUCACCUUGGCAUAAUGGUGGGAAGAGAGGCAGAAAUUUGACUUCACAGCCAAUGCUGCCGCUGUAGAGUUUUUGGCUAGACUGAGUCGUGAAGAUUGGCGUGGACUUUGUUUCUCGGAGAAAUUAAUGACAAUGUGUGGAAAUAAAAAUUAUGGUGAAUUUGAGCUAACAAUCAGUGAUGGAGAGUGGCGUGGCAUGCAAUGUUAUAUGAUUCAUCUUACUGAGGAAAAUAUUGAUGCUGAUGCCCCUAAAUUGAUGAGCAUUAUUGCACAUGUUAGCGAAACCUUCACGUUGCUCGAGCAAAGUACACACGAAUAUAUAAAGAUUCCUGAACGGACAAUGGACGUAAAAACUUUGAUAGUUCGUGAAGCUGGAAAAUAUGUUGUUCAAAAGACAGUAUCCCAAGACAAUUGUGAAAGGAAAACACUUGAAACGUUUUCUACAACGCAAAUGGAGGGUUUUAUCUGUGAAGCUUGUCAUGUUGUUCUUCAAAGAUUUUUCUUGAAAAAAGGGUUUCCAGAAAAUGCUGUAUUUUUAACUUUCGACAGUGAAACAAAUAUAUCGUCUAUGUCAUUUAAAGUGUUGGGUGUCAAAGAACUAAUAGUAGAAAAUAGAACAGUCAUGACAAAGGUUAUCGAAUCUAGUCUAUCAUCCUUAAUGAAACAAGAUUCACUUAGGAAGCAUUUUUUUAUACCUGACGGACGUUUGAUGUUACGAACUGAAGAGAACAGUAACGUUACACUUAAACAGUUGCAGUCGCCAAGAUCUCUUACACCUGAGCAACCUGACGUUAUGACGCCGCUCAAUUGGCAAGAAGAUAUGCAACUUUUUUCUGAGUUUUUGGACAGGAAAGACGAACUAAUUGAUGAACACAACACGUAUCUUCGAAGGCAUCCAGAGUUUCAAGCAAUAUUAGCUGAUUUUCUACAGUAUUUACUUUUUAGAAAACCUCAAGAUAUAUUUGCAUCCGCUAGAAACUUUUUCUCAGGAAUGUCUUUAUUCAUAUCAAAUCAAGACUCAGAUCAGUGAAAUACCUACGAUCUUUGCUCUAAGUAUUAUGUAGCUACGCUUAAAUUAUUGAUUUUGUGCUGAAUGCAUCUUUUACACUUGUUUUUCUAUAUAGAUAUGUAGGCUAUCAUUAAAUUUGUGAUUUUUAAAAUUAUUACCAUAUACGUACGUACACAUACUACUCUACUACGAAUGUUAAUUUAUUUGUUGUUAUAAAAUAUAAAUAACGUACCAAAAAACAA